AGGUGGCAGUAAGUCAGAUCUCUCCUGUAAAGAGUCGCGAGUUUGAAGCUGCAUCAUGUUCGCAAGCAGGGUUUUGCUUUCAAAACAGACACUGGCCGCCCUCUCUCGUCAGCCCGCCUGCUUCGUGCAUCACGGUGACUAUGGCAACUGGGGAAACACCAACAUUGCAGUGGUGUUUUCAGGAUGCGGCUGGUGGGACGGUACAGACGUCCACGAGGCAGUAUACACUAUGUAUCACCUGAGCCGCAACGGCGCACGCUUCCAGAUGUUCGCACCGAAUCAACAGCAGAUGCACGUGAUGGACCAUCUGAAAAAGCAGCCUGCUUCUGGGGAGAACCGAAACAUGAUGGUGGAGGCGGCUCGUUUCAGUCAUGGACAGGGAAUGAUGCAAAUGCAAGACCUGUCCAAGCUGGACGUCAACAACUUUGACGGUGUUAUCUUUCCAGGAGGGAAUGGCGUUACCAAAAAUCUGUCUACCUUUGUGAAGGAAGGCAAAGACUGCAAGGUCCAUAAUGAUGUGGAGAAAGUGCUCAAAGACUUCCACCGUUUACGCAAGCCUAUUGGCCUGUCCAGCAUGGCUCCUAUGCUGGCCUGUCGGGUGCUGCCCGGCAUCGACGUGACCAUGGGCUAUGAGAAGGAUGAGAACAGCCGCUGGGGGAACUGGCCCCACACCAACAUGGUGCAAGCUGUGAAGAGCAUGGGCGCGCGCCACACGGUCCGCGAACCAUACGAAGCCUAUGUGGACGAGAAGAACAAAGUGAUCAGCACCCCUACGUUCAUGUGGGAGACGGAGUACCACUAUCAUUAUAUAUUUGAUGGUAUUGGCAAUAUGGUCAAGCAUGUCAUGCGCAUGUCAACCAAAUGAGCGACUGAGCCUGGAUAACGGAGAGUUGCAACUCAUACAGAAAUGUUGAGAUAGAUAUCAUGCCUUUAUGAUGUGAUCAAUUAGAUAUGUAGAGAGAGAGAGACCAUAAAUAUACACAUAAACACCUUAGUUAAAGAGCAACUGUCUUGUUAGAUAUCAUAAAUAUACAUAUAAACACCCAGGUUAAAGAGCAUCUGUCUUGUUAGAUAUCAUGAAUAUACAUAUAAACACCCAGGUUAAAGAGCAACUGUCUUGUUAGAUAUCAUAAAUAUACAUAUAAACACCCAGGUUAAAGAGCAACUGUCUUGUCACUGUCAUUUUUUUUUCUCGAUCAGGUCACUCAGAAUAAUUUUGUUGGCGAUAUGGUCCAAUAUUGCAUAUGUGUAAGUCAAAUGUAAUAUAUUCUAUA